AUGCACGAGAGUCUUGGUCGGUUCGGGGAGAGUUUUGCUAGCUUUUUGUACGGGUUGAACAUGAAUGCCUUUGUUGUUGAUUUUCCAGAGGCUCCAAUCACAGAGUCAAUUAAGCGUUGGCAAAAGCGUCAGCAGGGAGGUCAGGGAAUUCCGGAUGAUCAGUCAACAACGGCGCAAAACAACACCACUGGUGAUACCCGGCUCGGCGACGGGGCUGGAGACGCUACUUUCAUGACUGCAGCAGAUGCAAGUUUCGCAAGCUUGAAGGCAACUCCGCGUCGCAAAAGCAUGGCCCCGUCAAUAACACCUGGCACUUCCUCGACUGUCAAACAGACCCAUCAACCUGGCGGUCGAGGAGGUGCUGCUGCGGGAACGCGAGGAGGUAGAGGCACUGUUGGUAGCCGGGGUUCGAGAGGCAGUAGUUUACCACGCGGUCGAGCGAGGGGGAGCAAGUAG